AUGUUGAAGACAUUGCUGAAGCAGGCCACACCAGACCUUAGAAAAAUUGGUCAUGCUCUGCCAAAACUGAUGAAGCAUCUGAAAUUGCAAAAACUAUUUUUCAAGGUGAUGACAAAAAUUUGGAGUGAGGAUGAAGAAUCACGCCGUGUAUUGGCCUUUUUAAACGUCCUCCAAGCGAUGGAUAUCGCUCCCGAGUGUAUGUCUUUGUGCAUCAAGACAAUGUUUGCCGCAUAUGUUCGGAAUUCCAAAUUUGUCUUCGGUGGGUCUAUCGCGGCCAUCAAUUUUAUGCGGCUGUCUUUGCUUGAGUUGUUCUCGAAGAAUUUGGACGAAGCCUAUCUUCAUGCGUUUGUCUAUAUUCGCCAGUUGGCCAUAUGUCUCCGAAAGGCACACACCUCGCAUUCCAAGGAAGACUUGCAGGCCGUACAGAACUGGCAGUUUGUCAAUAGCUUCCAACUAUGGGCCGAGUUUGUUGCCAAAUAUCACACCUCUCACAAACUGAUUCGGUCGCUGAUUCAUCCACUGGUACAGCUCCUCAUUGGCACAGUACGACUAAGUCCUGGCGAGCGCUGGAUUCCACUGCGGUUUCAUUGUGUCAGUAUGCUUCACACGCUGGCCGGUGUACCAACCUUGCGUCACAACACUGACGGUGAGAAGACAGAAACCGAUGUCCUCCCGUUGACGGGCAAUGCUCUGUCUCCAGCCAAUCGCCUGUUAGUUCCAAGCCUAUCUCUCCUGCUGGACACAUUUCGCUUCGUGAAUUUCAAUCGUCGAGCUACAAGUGUGUCCCCUGCUCCUCUGGAUUUACGCCUCCUGUUGCAUUUCUCGCCAAGUCAACGAAAAGAAACUGCUUCACUAGAUGCGGUGGUCAGCUGGCUGGUUGAUUUGUUGACUGAAGCCGCAGCUAUUCAAGCGAACUCGGUAGCCUUCCCGGAAUAUGUCCUCCCACUCGUCAAUGAGUUGAAACAGUUCUCAAGGACAUGUCGCGUGGCCGCAUUCACAAGGCAAACGAAGGCUCUCCAAACUAAACUGCGGGAGCACUCGGAUUGGAUCUGCUUGCAGCGUCGCCGUGUACGCAGUCUGGCCAAUCUUGAAGAAAUAGUCAGGUUCGAGUCAUCCCUCUCGGUGCUGGACGGAUCAGCUGCCAUGGCUCCAUUCUGGGCCUUCUACGUGUGUCACAAGGAGGUGAGGGCUCAGGAAUUGGCCCGGUUGACGGAGAGUCACAAGAAAGAUGCAAUACCUGACGAAACCGCCCAGCCGAAGCGUAGGUUCCAGAGUAAUAUUGGAGGAGAUUCUGACGAGGACUCAGAUAGUGUGGAAAGUGAUGAAUCUUAUGACGUGGACGAUGGAACUUCAAUUACCCAUGUAUCGAAAUCGAAGAAGCGUGAUUCGUUGGCUAUGGAUGUUGACCGAGAUACCGAGGGCUCUGCGACAGGCGAUGCCGAUUCAGAGGACAGUGACUUCGAUUUGGAAGCUGCUUUAAAAGAGCCUGAGGAGAAGAGUGGCUCCGAGGCAUCUGCUGACGAAGUGACCGAUUUUGAACUCAGCGACAGCGAAUGUGAGGACGAGAGAGACGAUGAGGAGGUUCUCAGUGGGUCGGAGGAAGACGAUAGCGCAGACUCACCUAUCACCCCACCCAUCCAUAAGAAGAUCGGACCAAAGAAGCCAUCAUCCUCUCGUCAGAAAACUAAGCCCAAAAAGCGUCAAAUGGUCCAAAAACCAGCUGCAAAAGUUCACAAGAAGGCUAUGCCGAUCCAAAAGAAAAAACCUGCACAAAAGUUUCAAAAGAAGUGAUGACUCUACAUGCUUUGCCAUUUUUUGCUACCCAAUUCUUGUACAGGAAGCUUUUUUUUCAAGAAGGC